UUUUUUUUGGAGAUCACAUUUCUUUUUCUGCCUGACUGCUUACUGGAGGUAUCUUCCGUCAUGUUUGAUCGGUUGAGCGAAUUUGCGUAUUUUCCCCCGUUGUCAUUUCGUAUCGUUUUUGGUGACGUUUGGUUUAGAGGCAGAGCUUCUACCCCAAUUGCAAUAUGUACGUUUACCUAGCUCGAUCAUUCCCCCACACCGCGCGUCCAAACUUUCUCGAUCUCAACUUCUCGGAUUCUCUUUUUCUCAUCGUUCGCGGUCUCAAGCUCACUUUUGUCCUUCAUUCCUAACUCUUUUUUCUUAUUCUCAUUCUCAUUUCGUGCAUGCAGUUCAUCUCUCAAUUGCUUUUCCUUUUGUCUUCCACCCCUUCUAAAUGCUGUAUCCUCGUGGACUCUCUCUCACUUUCAAUUUUAUCAUUUCGUCACCAUCUCAAGUUAGCCAGCCCCUUCUAUCACUCCCCCUCCCCCCUAUCACAUUAUCACACUGACCAAUUCCCCAUUCACAUGCCAAAGUGGGCUCCCUUGUCAAAUUUAAAUGUAGGCAUUCCCUGGUACAUACUCAUUUCCUGUGCAGGGACAAAUAUAUUCAUUUGCAUGUUCCGUUCCAAUUGGUUUUCUUCCUUGCACGAUGAUCAACUCUCAUCUCUUUCAGUCUACGCCGUGGUCAUCUCGCGUCUCUCCCUUGCUGUUCGACCCUAGCUUGAACCCGCAUUUCCACUCAAAGCACCUUUUACUCUUUAAUCUCCUGGGAUCACUCGCAUUUACACUCCCUAGACUCAUUCCUUCUUCUCUGGUUCCGCCACUUCCUAAAUCAACAUUCCUGCCCCCAGACUGAUUUACUGGAGUGUUACAUCAUCACAGUUUCGGAGAUAU